UGUGUGUGUGUGUGUAGAGAUGGAGAAUGGAGGUGAGGACACGGAGUCUCUGUGGGAGUCAGUGGAGAGUAACCGCUACAUCUUAAGUCGCUACAUCUCGCCUGGUAAACUGACUCCCUACCUGCGCCAAUGUAAGGUUCUAGACGAACAGGACGAAGAUGAGGUCUUAAACUCACUACUACUGGUCUCUAAGGUCAACCGCACAGGUCGUCUGUUAGACAUUCUUCAUGGUAAAGGAGAGCGAGGUUAUGUGGUUUUUCUGGAGAGUCUUGAGUUCUAUUAUCCUGACCUGUACAAGCUGGUGACUGGCAAGGAGCCCACCAGACGCUUCUCCACUAUCGUUGUGGAGGAGGGUCAUGAAGGGUUAACCCAGUUCCUGAUGAAUGAAGUCAUCAAGCUUCAGCAGCAGGCCAAAGCUAAAGAUGUCCAGAGAGUUGACCUCAUUGGGAAACAGCGCACCCUGGAGGAUGAACACAAAAAACUACGCCUGACCAACCAGGAACUAUCAGCCUUCCAGCAGAGAUACAACAAGAUGAAGGAAGAUAGGAACAACUACAAUGAUGAGCUACUGAGGGUGAAGGAUGAGAACUAUAAACUGGCCAUGCAGAACGCCAGCGAGGAGAAGAACAUGGCUGUGAUGAGGAGCAGGGACCUGCAGCUGGAGAUCGACCAGCUGAAACACAGACUAAACAAGCUAGAGGAAGAAUGUAAGAUGGAGAGAAAACAGAGUCUGAAACUGAAGAACGACAUCGAGAACCGACCGAGAAAAGAACAGAUCUUCGAACUGGAGAGAGAGAACGAGGUUCUGAAGAUCAAACUGCAGGAGCUGCAAUCUAUCAUACAGCCAGGGCCUCUGCCUGCGUCUGACAAGGCGAUCCUGGACAUUCUGGAACACGACCGCCAGGAGGCGUUAGAAGACAGACAAGACCUGGUCAACAGACUGUAUAACCUGCAUGAGGAGAUACGGCAGGCGGAGGAGCUACGAGACAAGUACCUUGAGGAGAAAGAGGAUCUGGAGCUCAGGAGCUCUACACUACAGAAGGACUGUGAGAUGUACAGAAACAGGAUGAACACCAUCAUUAUACAGCUGGAGGAGGUGGAGAAGGAGAGAGACCAGGCGUUCCGAGCCAGAGAUGAAGCCCAGCACCAAUUCUCUCAGGGUCUGGUUGAUAAAGACAAGUACAGGAAACAGAUAUUCCUUGAAGAGGUGGGGUUUCAGGUGUCUCCGGAAGGUGGUGAUUGACUCCGCUGUCCUGGCGUCGUGAGGGAGUUUGUUCCACCACUGGGGG